AUGUUGGCAAGUGCCAAAGAAAAAUCUUGUUUAAGAAAAUCAUGGAAAAGGCAGAUAGAAUUAGAAACGUGGGAAAAUGUAACCUUUAGCAAUGGUGCCAGUGAUGCCACAAAUAUUAUACCGGAAAGACGUGCACGUCUUAACACCGCACCAGGUAUGCGUGGAGCAGGCAGUAUUGGUAUUACGUAUGGUACUGGCACGAAACGUCCGUACAAUAUUAUUGGUGGUUCCACUGUUUCACACAUAACAGAUGACAGUAGUACAGAAAGUUUAACGCCUGGUAGCUUUCCAGGUAGUUUUAGCGUACGUGGUAGUAUUAGUAAAAGCGUACAAAUCAAUGAUGCAAAGGACUUACGCUUUCUUAACUCACAAGCGCAGAAAAAACAUCAAUGUAAAGAUGAGCGAAUUGUAUUGGUGUCGGGAAAAGUACCAUUUUUCAUAUUUUCCGCUUUACCUUACUAUAAAGGCAAAAACGGCAGAGCCGAAUUACGUAAAGAGGGCAGACGUCGUCAUACAUCUGGUUCUAGACCAUUGUCAUCUAUAAAUGAUGCACCUUUUGAUCCAUUCGAUUUGUUGGGCAUUGAAAAGGGUGAAAGUGGGCAGGACAUUUCGUAUGGACACCUGCUGGUACCCUCACGUUACUAUAGCAAGGACAACAAGAAGCACAACACUAACGCCACCACAGCUGCGUUAUUGGAAAAUCAAAUGGAGCUCACAAGUGUGGCAGCACUUAAAAAUCAUGGUGUGGCUAGGACCAAAGUUAUAUCGCGGCAGAAAGGCAAAUGGUGUUUCACAUACGACACUACAAAUCGUAACAGUGCAUCCAGUCCAUCACCUGACAUCAAAUUAGACUUGGAUGAAAAUCUGCUUAUAGGAGGCAGUGAUGCUGGGCGUGGUUUAUCUUAUCAACAAUAUUCGGCUAAUAUACUGGAUGAUCCCGAAUUGAUUGCUGGCAAGCAUCGCACUUUAUUGACAUUCACUUCUUACAUGACUUCGGUUAUUGAUUACGUGCGUCCUUCGGACUUGAAAAAGGAACUUAAUGAUAAGUUUCGAGAGAAAUUUCCGCAUAUACAGUUGACUUUAAGUAAACUAAGAAGUAUCAAACGUGAAAUGCGGCGUAUCAAUAAAAUCGAUAAUCGUAUUGAUUUGGUUACUAUAUCUCAAGCAUACGUUUACUUUGAGAAAUUGAUUUUGGCUAAUUUAAUCAACAAAGACAAUCGAAAACUGUGUGCCGGAGCUUGUCUCUUGUUGAGUGCCAAAAUGAAUGAUGUGAAAGGUGAAUCAUUAAAGAGUUUAAUUGAGAAAACGGAAAACAUAUUUCGUGUAAAUCGUAAGGAGUUGAUUGCUUCAGAAUUUGCUGUGCUAGUGGCACUGGAAUUCAGUCUGCAUGUACCAUUGCACGAAGUGUUACCACACUAUCAACGUUUGCUCUACGAAUCAUAGAAUUGGCCUAAACGCUUUAUUGAAAAGCGUAUAACCGCUACAACGCGUUACUAUUUUCGGCGUAAGAGCACCAGGAAAUGAAGUACUGGUUCUGUUUUUGGAGUUAACGAUUUUUAUAAUUAAACGAAUUUCUUUUUAUACUACUUUGGUGCACAGGGUUUUUUGUUAAAUUUAAUUUAAUUUCUUUUUGUUAUAUACAAUAUUUUGUGACAUUUUUACGUAAUUUAAUAUGUUUACAGAUUUUUUUUACAAUGAUUUUACUUAAUAGUUUAGUGCAUGUUAAUAUAUUGUUUUUAUUUACAAGUAUUUUUAUAACUAUUAAUAAUAACUAGUGUUAGUUUAUAAUUUUUACAAAAUCAAUUUAACAUUUUAUAGAUUAAAAGAUUUUAUACGAUAGUGGUUAUAUGGUUAAGAAUAAUGAUAAAAUUUAUAUAUUGGAAUUUUUCUAUGUAAUGAUAUUACAACGGUUAUUUUAUAAAUAUCAUACAUCUGUAGUUUUCCUAGUAAAAGUUAUAAAACAGAAAUCAACACUUUUAAACGAAAAAAAAAAAUGAAAAUAUUAAAAAUGUUUUUAUAAAAUUACUGUACAAUAUGGUUUUAAGAAGAAUAUUAAAUCUACUUAUUGAAGCAUAUUUGCAUAUUGCAUAGUUCUUUGUACUAAAUACAUUAAGAGAUACUUAAAUAUAUUAUUCAUUUUAUAAAUAUUAUACGUAUAUAAACAUACAUAAAUAUAU